AUGCUUUUAAAGGUCGCAAAAAGGAUAUUUAAGUUGCUGGUUGCAUCUGCACUUGUCCUCGAAGUAAUACUUGUGACUCUUGUCAUAACAUGGUGUGCUCUUAGACAACGGCCAAUUAAAUCUAGGUUAUGUUUCAAUGAUGCGAUUCUUAAAUCUGCGGGUUUGAACUCUGAAAUACCUCAAAAUCUGGCAUUGGCAUAUGGCAAAGACACGACACAGAAUGGACAUUGCUUUGAACCUGUUAAGGUGUUAAACGCCUUUGUUCGACAGCAGAUGACAUUCCGUUACAAUACUAAAAUAAAUCCAGAACCUAUUGCAUUUGAUUUGACCACGUUAAAUUGCACAAUAUCUUCAGCAAAACCUGGUAUUUUAAUACUCAAGGAUAUUAAAUUGGUCCACGUACCAGGUAUGUCAGAAAACGAGGGAAUGGUUGCUAUACAGAAAACAGGAUACUACUUUGUCACUUUACAUCUGACAAUCAUGAGAGAAAAUAAAACCAUUUUAGCCAAUGAUGACAAGAUAGGUAAACACCAAGUUAUCCGCAUUGCUAAUAAAACGGAUCAACGGUCUAUUCUACUAGGAAGUACCAGCUCUCGAUGUCAAAUGCCUGCCAAGCGAUGCGAACAGUCUAUCUUUAUGGCUGCAGCCUUUAACCUCGAGGAAAACGAUACGGUUUUCGUCACUGUCUCUCAUACAUUUCAGAUGUUAUCUGUCAACGGAAUGAAUUAUUUCAGCAUUAUUGAAAUAUAA